AUUAUAUAUCUUGCAAGAUAAAUAAACAAAAACUCAGUAACACGAAAAAAAAAAUGAAUGAAUACCUAACUUUAUCCCUCAUCACCGCGUCCGCGCUCGCGCAGAAGAUUCCAGAUCCCCUCAUAUGCGAGGACACGCUGGACGGAUCGCCCCCGUUCCAAGCGGAUUCCAUACCGUGCCUGCUGCGGUGCCAGGACCCGCUGGCGGUGGCGACGGGUAGUCUGCUGCCGGGCUCGGUCAACGAGACGGCUAUCCCGUACUGCCAGCUCGACUGCGUGUACAGCGCCGCGUCGCCGGCGCAGUCGGCGCGCGCGCCGGAUUGUUAUCGCAGGUGUCAGGUGCGUAAUCAGGGGUCGCCGGAGAAUGCCGGGUGGUGCAUGUAUUGGUGCGCGGACGGGUUCGGGGAUGUUGUUGAGACGACGGCUUGUGUGCCGUCGUUGGAGUUUGGGGCUGUGAGCACUGCUGUGGAGGAUGGGAGGACGGUGACUUUUAGACCUGUUAGCCAGGGCUUGGAAUGGCGGAGCUGGUACGAGACGCAGACUGUGAUGCCGAUUACGUCCAGUUCGAGUUAUACGUAUACGGCUCCGUUUAGGGUGAGUCCGUCGGGUUUACCGCUGAGUACAAGUAGUCAGGGCGGGCAGGUGACUCAGACGUCGACGUCGACGUCGACGUCGAGGUCGGGAUCGGGAUCGGUUGUUAGUACGGAACCUGUUCAGAGCACUGGGACGGAGACGGUGACGGGGAAGGGUGGUGAAGCUGUUACGUCGCCGACUACUACGGCCGCGGGGGCACGUCUUUCGCAGGCAGGUUUGCUGGGGGUUUUAGGUGCUGUUGGAUGUUUGAUUGUGAUGGCGGUGUAAAUUUGAGUGUACGAUAUUGUUUGACGCUUACGAGUAAA